AAAUGCAUGAGGGGGAUUUGUGGUUGAAGAGCUGCGACAUCCCAGGGGGAUUGUUAGCUGGCUUCAGUCUAGUAUAAAGCAUGUCCGCCACUUUGAUAUUCUUCACUUUAACUUUAUGAUAUAAUCAAGAAAAGCAGAAUGCACUGGGAGAAAUCGCCACCAUCAGCACUGGCCAGGUCCAGACCGUACCAAGGAGUUCGAGUCAGAGACCCAGUCAAAGAGCUGCUGAGGAGGAAGAGGAGUCUGGAGCCUCACGGCACCAAGACAGCACCCCCCAUCGCAGAUGUGGUCACUCACAACAUCCAGUCAUCCUACACACAAGGCGUGUUUGGUCUUGACGUUGCUGGCAGCUCCCCAGCUGAGACAUCGCCUGCAGUCGGAGAGGCAGGUCUGCAGCAGUUUGCAGGAUGGAGAGCUGCACCACCUGCCACCAGCAUUGGCCUGCAGCCUGCAGUAGCACCCUGGGCUUCAUCUGACUUCAACCAGCAGGAUCCUUCAGCCCAGACUUUGGCCUAUGCACCAACCCCCACCCGCACUGCUGAUGUGUACAUGCAAACUCUAUGUCCCAGCUAUACCAUGCUGACCUACACACACACACCGCUGCUCACUAACUUUGGGCCCAUACCUGUGGCCCCAGCACAAGGCUCCCUCCCUCAGAUGGAGCUCCCAGACUCGGCGUUGACCUACCUGCCCUGGGCCCAGCCCAUCACAACCAUAUCUACCAUGCCCAACCCUGGGGUCCAGUUUGCCUCCAGCUCUUCAGCCCUGUCUGGGUCACCUCUGGUCCACAUGCCGCUGUCCAUGUCUUUGACCACCAUGAUCCCUCAGCUGGAGGCUCAGGGUUUAGAUCUUCCUCAGCCCCAGAUACUGGAGAUCCCCCAGCGCUCAGAACACCAACUUGACCCUAAGCCACAGGGCCAGUCUGUAGGUGAAGAUCCAGAGGUGGAGCCAGAGUCACCAAGCCUUCUGGAUAAACUUCUGGAGGAACAAAAGGGUGAAGGUGAAGAGGAGGACAAAGACUCGUACAGCAGCUCGAUCUUUCUUCCAAAUGUCUGAAAAUGUGAGCGAUCUUUUGUCCAUAGUGAGCAGCACCUUUGUCAACAUUAAACGAUUUAUAUGUAUAUAUAUUUUUUUUGCAACUUAAGCAAGAAGGUAAUUCCUCUUUUUCUAUUCUUUUCUAACAAUGGUUUAGUAAUGUACACCACAAAAAUGUAUCAAACGGUAAAUCGUAUUAAACUAAGGAACGUUUUUUAAUGUUUUAAGAGUUUUAAGACUAAAUGCUGUGUAAGAUGUAAUUACUUUUCUUAUCCUAUAAUUGAAAAUUGUUGGCAGCAGUUUCCUUUUUGCAUUGAAACAGGAACAUGAUGCUGUAGUUUUCUGAGAAACAGUAAUAGUGUUCUUAAUCUUCUCAAAUCCUUAAGGUGUUUGUUUAACUGAUAAAAUCUUUCAAUAGCUUUUUCAGUUGGGAGGUCAGAGAAUGUUUUUACUAGAUGAUUUGAACGAGAGGAUGAGCAAGGCUCAUUCUUGUUCGAGCAAGUUGACCACAAAGGAAGAAUGAUUCAAUUGAAAAUAUUGUACUGACCGUCAGUAUUUGUCUGUACCAUCAGAAUUAUUGAACAGCACAACAUGGAGUUUUUAAACAGAAGGAUAUACAAUGAGAAAAAUGAUUAGGUGCAAGUUAGAAAACACCUUUGAUUUGGGAUUUCUAUAAUAAGGAAUAACAGAUUUCAGCCUUCAAUAGGAGUCAAAAAAAGACAACUGAACACAUCUAUUCUGCUUCAUCAUCCAAAAGCAAUAUGCAACAAAGGUGCCAUGCAAAAAACAAUUGUCUGGUGGAGAGACUGUUCAAAUUUAAGGAAGUGUUUCUGUUUUUUUAAAGUUGUUGUUCAGACGCAGCUUUACAAUGAAGUGUAUUUGUUAAUUAGUUACAACAGAGUGCAUUUUACAUUUUACUGUAGAGUGAUAAUUAUCGUCGUAGUCCUACAAGUCUCGGGUUUUUCCAGAGGGGAAACUGACAUUGUGAGAGGGGAGGCAAUGAUCUGUUAAAUUCCACACCUGGAAACACCUGAGAUCGUAUCACAGGGGGAAAAUAGGGGGCCUCCUCCUGUGAUGUCAACAUGUGAAAAGAUUUUACAUUUGGCUCUGUUUUUUCAUGCAGAAUUGUGAAAACAAAACACAUGCCAUAAAUUGGGAUUAAAAUGACAGACAUGUGAAUUGAAUUGUCGUGCUUAAUAGGUUUGCAUGAAAUCCACGCUUCUGACUUCAUGAUUUCAUCAAAGAAUGAACGUAACUAAUUUGUUUGUUUUGUAUUAUUACACAGUAAAAUACCAUGGCAUUAUUCAAAAUGUAUUUAAAUUAAACUUGUGUUUCUAAAAAAUAAGUCA